CCUGUUUCUUCCCCUCACUCAGCACAAACACACAAUUCCAAGCCAGCCAUGCUCCUCGCCUCUACCUAAACCGCCUCCCCACUACCUUAUACAACCAUUCCUUGUCACACCGUGAAAAUGGCCGACGCGCAAACCCAAAUCGCCGCGCAGCUCCAAACCACCAAGGCCCUCCCGGUCUCCCCAACCUGGCUGCACAGCUUCAUGUCCUCCUCCUCGACAGCGCUGCAGCGCAACGUCCCCGUCUCAGCCUUGAUCCAAACCGCGCUCUUCCGCGUCCUGGCUUCCGACUUCCGCGACUCGCUCCAGACCACGAACCCCUCGACGCUGCUCCCAACCGAUAUCUUCGACCCCACCGUGCAGGAAAGACGGCUGCAGGGCCCCAUCCCUGUCCAGGUGCUGGAUAUCGAGGACAUCGGUACGAGUCUCUGGGGCCAGGUUGAGGCGAUGGAGCGCGUGGAGCGCGGGGAAGCGGUCCGCGGCCGGGAGAUUGUGCGCGCGGUGAAUGUUGGCGACGACGAUAAUGAGGACGGAGGGGGCGGUGGUGGCCCGGCGAAUGAUGCUGCUGGCCCUGCAUCCGAGAAUGAGAGCCAUGGGCCGCAUCGGUUGAUUGUUCAGGAUGCGGCUGGGACAAGGGCCGUGGGGAUUGAGUUAAAGCGCGUGCAGGGGAUAUCUGUGGCUAAGCUGGCGAUUGGGGCGAAGAUGGUCAUACGUAAUGCCACCGUGGCUAGAGGGAUGAUCCUCCUCUCGCCGGACUGUGUGAAGCUGCUCGGCGGGAAGAUUGAGGGGAUGGACCUGGCGUGGAAAGAGGGACGGAAAGCUAGGUUGUUGGCGAGGAUUACGGAGAUGCAAGGUGAGGGUCAGACAGGGUGAAAUGCCGCUGUUUCGGGCGGAAUUGUUGCAUUGUGGUCUUC